UGUUCUUCUCGUGUAUGAAAAUUCUCACGGCGGAGAUAAUCAAUCUCCAGCCGCCAUAAUGCCGACAAUUCCUUCACCUUUACCGCCACAAGAACAUUACGUGACACCACCUCUCACGGUGAUCUUCACCGUAGUCUUUCUAAUAUUCAUCUUUGUCGGGUUCUUCACUCUCUAUUUCUGCAAAUGUAUUCUCGACACCAUAAUGCAAACCUGGCAUAUCCAUCACAGUGGAGAAAGAGAAGUAACAGACAAUCCCCUCCAGCCACCUGAAGCUCCUCCGGUCAAUCCUGGCCUAGACCUUAGAAUCAUAAAUUCGUUUCCUACUUUUCCUUAUUUCUCCGUUAAAGAUCUCCGGGAAGAGAAAUACGGCCUCGAAUGUGCCAUUUGUCUACUUGAAUUUGACGAAGAUCACGUGCUACGCCUCUUGACAACUUGCUACCAUGUGUUUCACCAAGAAUGCAUCGAUCUUUGGUUCGAAUCUCACAAAACUUGUCCUGUUUGUCGCCACGAUCUUGAUCCUCCUCCUCCCCCGGAAAACACCACCAAUGUUCUAUCUAACGUCGAUGAGAUGAUCAUCGAUGUAAUUCAAGAAACCAGCUACGACGGUGGCGAUCAACAUCAUCAUCAUCAGACAACGACACCGAUUGAUACUGGGACGUCUUCAGGACAAAGCAGUUGUGUAAACAAUGAAAGAUCGAGAAAAGAACAAACAUUGCCAGAAACAUUCUCGAGAUCACAUUCUACGGGACAUUCAAUAGUGAGAAACAAACCAGAGGAAGAAGAUAAGUAUACAUUAAGAUUACCAGAGCAUGUCAAGAUUAAGUUUACAAGAGGACAUAGCCAAACAAAGAGUUGUGUGACUUUUGCAGAACUUGUUAGAAACAGAAGUUAUGAUCAUCGCCGGUUUGGUGAAGUCUCCAAUCAAACGGUUGCUACACACUCGGGAGAGUAAAAGAACUUAAGAAAUUAUCAAAACCUUUUUUUUCUUGACAAAAUAGUUCUUUUAUUUUCUUCUUGUUGUAUUGAUUAUAUACUUCUUUU